AUGUAUUUUAUUUCUUUUUUUAUUUUUGGUGUUCUGGCAGAAAUAUUAUAAAGUAUUCCAAAUGAAAAUAACUAUUUAUUUCCAACAAAAGAAUUAGAAUGCUAAAAUAUUAAACUUAUGCAAAAUGAAAAUUAUUAUCUAGAAAUUAAUAAAGUAGCCAACAUAUUUUAUAGAUUUUCAAAUGAUUUUUAAGAAUUAGUAAAUGAUAAAUGGAAUUUAACAUUUAUUAAUUUUAUUUCAUAAGUUGAAUAUGUGCCUGAUUAUUUUACAAUUCUUUAAAGUGAAUUUUUAUUAUAUGAUGAAGGGAAGUGCUUAUGUUCUCUAGUUUAGAAUUUAAGAAAUUUAGAUUACUCAAUUUAUUGUAAAGAUGUAAUGGUAUAAAAAAUUAUUUGUAUAUUAGAAUCAAUUAAAUGAAAUAUAUGAGUUUUCAUUUUUUAUUUUUUAUUAAGAUGGCCGAAAAUGUAAUUAGUUUUUAUUUUUGAAUCAACUCUUUUAUAUUCUCUGUAUAAUUGAAGAUCAAAUGCAAAUAAUUACAUUUGAUUUGAAAGGAAAUAAAUAAUAAUAAAAUUAUACUAUAUCUUCAUAAUAAUGUGAGGUGAAAUUUUAAAUUAUUCAACGUUUUUCUUUGUUAAUAACCUUUUAUAAAUGUAAUAAUUGGGAAAUACUGAUUUAUGAUUAUUAUAUAGAAGAUAUAAUAAGAAUUACUGAUUAAGAAAUUUAUUUAAAAGCACAAUCUAAUUCUAAUAAGUAUUUAUAAGACCUUUUAGUAUGUUAAGAUAGUCUUUACCUAAUUUUUGAUUAUGAAUAUUUUCAAAUAAAUAUUUUACCUUUUCAAUUCCCCAAAAAAGGUUUUGAUUCUAAUAUUCUUAUUGAUAAAAUUUAAAAUCUUUAAUUUUUGAUAUUAUAGAGUUGCACAUUAGAAAAUCAAAUAAUCUCAGAAUACACUAUUCAUUCUUUAUAAACUGAUUUUGAAUAAAAAAAUUUGUUAAAAAUUAUGAAAUUAGGACCUAAUUUAACUUUUUUAAUCUAUAGUGAUUAUUUAAUUGUCAAACUUACAGAAGAUAUAUCAUAAUAAAUUCAUAUGGAGAUUAAUUCAGUUUGUUAUUUGUAAUAAAAACUCAAUUAUUUUUUUAUUGUUGAUAAAUAAAAUUAAGUAAACAUUUUUGAGUUAAAUUUAUUUUAAAAUUAUUUUAUUUAUCAAUAAAAUAUAAAAUAUGUUGGAUUUUUUACUAUUUAAGACUAAAUAGUUAAGUUAAUUAAAUGUUUUGUUAUAACUUAAAAUUCAGAUAAACAUGAUAAAUUAAAAACCUAAAUUGAUAUAUUAAAAUAUUAAAAUUUUAUAAUUUAAGUAGAUGAUAAUUUUGAUAAAAUUGAAAUUGAAAAAUCCUAAUUCAUUUCAAAUCGAAAUUUACAAUUGCAUUUUAUUUUUCCAAAUAUAUUUUAACAUAAAAUUUAGCAUUAUUAAACAAAUCGAUUAUGUAAUACAAAAGCAUUAAAAUUUAAUCAUUCUAGAAAAUUUUUAAUAUUUAAGAUAAACUCAGAAAAUUAUCUUCUGUUUAAUAAAUAAGAAUUUUUAGUAAUUUAUAAUUGUAAUUCUUAAAACUUUUCAUAUUUUAACAUUAAAAUAAAUUUAAAUGAAACUAAAAUAUUUUAUUUUUAGAAUGUUUAAUAAGCAUUAGUUUAAGAAAAAGAAGGAAGAAUAAUUACUUUUUAAUUAUAUUAUAAGACAUAAGAAUUUAUACCAUAUUAAAUACAUUAAUUUAAAGAAUAGAUUAGAAUUUCAUUAUCAUAUAGAAAUUCCUUGAUAAUUUAAUUAAAGAAUUCAAAAUAACUUUUUUUUUAAUAUUUAGAAAAAAGUACAUUCAUAAAUGAAACCUUCUACAAUACUAGUUUUUUUAAUAAUUAUAGUUAUUUUUAGAAGAAUAUUCAAAAUGCCAUAAAAAUUCUAAAUUUUUAUGAUAUAUUUAUAUUCCAAUAUGAAUCUUAUUUGAUAGUUUAAAUAGAAUAGUUAGUCACUUAAAGUAUAUUAUUUUAUAUAAAAUUAGCAAUCAAUUUAACAAUGGAACUAUUAGGUGGUUUCUAAAAGAGAAGUCAACCUCUCUAAAUAAUAUUGAUAGGAAUGACUUAGGAGAUGAACAGGAUUGAUAAAUAUUUAAUUACUAAAACUAACUUUUAUAAAAUUGCUACCUUUUACUUCUAAGAAUAUAUACCAAUUCAACCUUUAUAAUAUUAAUUUCAUGAAAACAAUUUAAUUAUAACAACCCAAUAAUAAAAUAAAGAUUAAUUUUAUAUCAUGCUAUUUUUCAUAAAUUAAGAAAGUAGUCUCGAAUACUAUGAAGUAAUAUCUACCCCUUAUUAAUAUUUUUAUGCAAUUUCUGAUUUCCUAUAUUAUUACAAUAAAAAUUUAGAACUAAUAGAGCACAAUAUAAAAUAUAUCUUUUUAGAUUAUGGUGUAAAAGAUCUUAAUUAAAUAAUGUUUAAUGUUUAAUUUUAAAUAGAUAUUAAAGAUCCUAAUUAUAAAAAUAAUAGCAUUUAUAGUGAAAAAUUAAAUUUAUUAGUGCUCAAUUACUAAGAAAAUUUAGAACUUAUAAAUAAAAGUAAUCCAAUAAUAGUAUUAAAUAAUAAUUAAGCGAUUAUAUAUCCAAAUUAAUUUGUACAUGGAAUAUUUUAUGAAUUUUAAUUAUAAAAUACGACAUCUUUUAAUCUACUAAGUCCAUUUAAAAUUGUUUCUAAAAAAAGAUGUCUUGAUUUUUAUUAAUAUUUUUGUGUAAUCCAAUUUGAUCCAUAAUUUAUUAUAUAAGACAUAACAAAAGAUAUUGAAUAAAAUUAAACAUUUUCAAUAAGAAUAACAGAAGAUCUUAAAAUUCAUGCCUGUAAUGAAGGAAUAAUAAUCAUAUAAUAAAUUGACUUAUAAAAUAUUAAAAUAUAAUAUUUUCAUAACGAAAUUGAAAAAUUUAUUUUUAUUUAAGGAUCACUCCAAGAAAGUUCAAUAAUAUUAUAAAUAUUAAAGGUUAAAACAUUUGAAUCAAUAAACUAUUAUUUUGUCAAUGAAGAAAUAACAUUUAUAUAUUCUUGUGCUUCUAACCAAAUUAUACAAUAUAAUUAUUAAUUUCACUAAACUGAUACUGAUAAGAUCUGCUAAACAUUAAUUGAAUUAAAUAUAAUUAAAAUUAUAUGCUUUUAAAUUUAAUAAGGAGUAAGUUUAUAAAUAUCAAAUUAUACAAUUCCUAUUUUAGAUAUAUAUCAGUCAAUAAACUUUAGUCAUUUUUUUCCUAACUUUACACAAGAAGCUAAAAUUUAAAUAUUAAAUUUAACCUAUACAUUAUAAGAUAUAUUAUAUUUUAAGAUUGUAGUUAAUUAUAAAAGAUAAUAGCUUAGAUAUGAAUAAGUCUUAUAAUUUUAUAUUUAGAUAACUUUGAAAAAUUAGGAAUAUUAAAUUAAAUUAAAUAAUAUAAUUAGGCUUCCUAAAUUUAAUGUGAAUUGUCAUUCAAUAUUAUUACAAAACAACUUAUUAUACUUUUGCCAAUCAUAUAUAAUCUACUUAUAUAAACUUUAAGAAGAAUUUUAAAUUUUAGAUUCUUAUGCUAUUCAAUCAUUUCCAGGUUAAUCAUAUUCUAUUUUCAAUAAUACUCAUAUAGCUAUAUACAAUCCAGUAAACAAAGAACUCAACAUAUUUAUUAUUGAUUUUUGGAGAUUAAUAAAAAAUGAUAAUAUUAUUGUUGAGGAUGAAUAAAAUGUAACAUUUUUACUUUAAAACUAUUUAACUCAGUUAGAACUUAAAGUAAAUGUUAUAAACUAAAGAAAACUUGAAAAUUACUUUAACUUUAUUAGAGUUACAAUAAUAAUAAUAAAUAGUUUAAUUAUCCAAAUAUUCAUUAUUAUUAAAAAGUAAUAGAGAAAGUGA